CCAAAGGACUUCUACCGAGGAACGUGCGGUCUCGAACACUUGGCCUGCGCCGCCCACUGCGGAGAGGCAGCGAGCAACACUCCAUGAUUAACUGAGCGAGUGCGGUGACACAUUACUAACCGUGCUGAUCAGACAUCUCAACCCAGACAAGAAUGGUCAUGUCAGCCAUCCUGAAGGACCUGAGGGCAGCCUUUGGGGACGUGGAGGCUGCGCCCUACUCUGUGGUGGUGCAGCGAGGGGGCUAUGAGGAGCGAGUGUACCCGGCCCGGCGAUGGGUCUGCACUACAAUGGCAGGCCCUAGCAGACACGACCUGGUGACCCCCAUGUUCAGGAGGCUCUUCUGCUACAUUUCCGGCAGGAACGACCCGAACGUAAGAAUCGACAUGACAACCCCAGUCGUCACAUUAGUGGAGCCCAAGAGGAGUGAGGGAGAGAAGAACGGAGAGGAGAGUGAGGACAGAAAGACAUCACACACCACCUCAAACGGCACGUCCUCUCCUACUUCCCCUUCCUCCUCCUCCUCCACCUCCACCUCCACUUCCACCUCCACUUCUCCCUCCCCCUCCUCCCCCUCCUCCCCCUCUUCCUCGUCCUCCUCCUCACUGCCUGUGUACACAAUGGGUUUCCUCAUCCCCGCGUCCCACCAGGAGACGCCGCCGCCGUCCUCUGAUAAGAAUAUUUUCAUUGAGGACCGCCCGCUGUUAGUGGUGCUCUGCAGGCGGUUCAGCGGGUACAUGAAUGACGAGGUGGUUGCCAAGGAACUUUCUGCUCUACACCAGUCAAUAAUCAACAACGGAGAGGAGGAGGGAGUGGACUUCUCGAGGUAUUACGUGGCUGGCUACGAUCCGCCCUUCAAGCUACUGGGGAGGCGGAACGAGGUGUGGGUGGUAAAGAAAGUGAACGAGAAGAGGCUGAACGGGUGCAAUGGAAGUGAUGUGUCGCUGAAUGGUGUAAUGGUGAAGGAGGAGGAGCUGGGAGAUGACGAUAUGCUGCAUCUGGUUACUGAGAAUGGGAACGAUGAAGUGAUGCUAUCCUGAAAGACAAUACUGGAGGAGGAACUGUGGAGCUGGUGGUGAUGUGAUGUGUGAUAGUGGUGGUGUUCUGCUGGUGGUGAUGUGGUGAGGGGUGGUACUGUGGGUGUUUUAUUGGUGGUGUGGUGGUAAGAGGAGCUGUGGUGCUUGUGAUGACGUGUUUAUGCCUUGUGGUGUGGUGUUGUGGAGGUUGUGAUGCAUUCUUGGUGGGUGUCGUGACUUUUUUUUAAAAGGAAAUUGUGAUCGAGAUAAAAAAAAAAAAAACAAUGAAAGUGAAGUUGAAAAAUAAUUGUUUGAAAAGAGUAUAUUUUUGAGAUUAUUAAAAAGUUUUAAAAAACAGUGGAGUGAAUAUAUUUAAGGCUUGAUAGGGAAAAUGGAAAAAUGGUGCUUAAAAAGAUUUUUUUUUGACAUAAAAAAAUGGAAAAAAGGAAUAAUGUUUUAACUUCUAUUUUAACUGAAUAAUCUAUUUUUAACUGAAUAAUACUUUUUCCUUUCUUUCUUUUGAUGAUUGUUUAAAUCGUUAAGAAAACAAUACACAUAAAUAAAAAGUGGAAAUGAAGGGAAAAAAAAGUUUUAAACGAAUACUAUUAAUGUGUGGGAACUUUACGCAGUUAUGAAUGUGUUAUGUUCGUUCAGUAAUUCCAGAAAAUUAUUGGAGUUGAUGAAAAUCUUAAGGAAGGGAAGAAUAUAUUGUUUUAGAUUAAUAUAGGCAAAGGUGUGGAAAGUUGACGAUAAGCGUUUUCUUCUGCGUGCAUUGAGAUGUUUGGAAAGUGUUGUGUUGCUGGAAACUUGAAAACAACACAGAGAAGACGUGAUUCCGUGACAUACUGAAGGAGUUGUGGUUUGGUAUUCAUUGCGAAGAAAAGGACCUUUUAAUAUUUGAAUGUGUAUGAGAGAGAGAGAGAGAGAGAGAGAGAGAGAGAGAGAGAGAGAGAGAGAGAGAGAGAGAGAGAGAGAAAAUAUUUUAGGCUUUUGAUGUGCAGAGACAUGAAACACACACACACACACACACACACACACACACACACACACACACACACACACACACACACACACACACACACACACACACACACACACACACACACACACAC